AUGCCAGAAGCUGUCGACAACACAGAUCAAGGCCCAACACAGACCUCACGGAGUUCAGUGCAGGAUUCAAGAAGCCGACCACAGGAAUUACGACCAAGCAUAACCCAAGAGACCGGUGGAGACGAAGUUAAAAUACUCAGCCAACUACUCAAGGAAGAAAGGGAUAAGAAAGAAACACUGAAGCAAACAUAUGAAAGACACCUUUGUCAAUUGCGCGCCGAUUAUGUUACCAAAAUAGCACAAGCACGAGCCCAGGUUUUAACAGAAGUUGACGAUACCUUAAAAAGAUAUCAUCGAUUAGCUCAAGAGGCUAUUCGUGCUGGUAAAAGGGCAACAUUCGAAUCAGAAUGUAAAGAAAGAGAAUACAGGACAGUAGCAGAAGAAGCGUGUACCAAGUUUGAACAAGAUUGUAAGGAUAAACUGAAAGAAGUUCUAGACGGAUAUCGCUAUUUGGCUGAUCGUGCUGCCCAACAAGCCGAUCAGGAAACCCGUGUUCUAAAAGAAAAGUAUCAGGAGAUGGUCGAAACACAAAUUAUUGAUAAACGCAAUUUUGAACAAAGACUCGUCGAAGCCACAGAGGAACAAGUUGCACCUUACAAAGCCGAAAUUAUGAGACUCGAAACGGAGAACAGAAUGCUUCGGAUGACUGCGGAACAUACCUUCGGCGAUAUCAAAGAGGAAGUCGCACGUAACUUUGAAAGAUUUGAGUCUAUGCUUAUAUCAACAUGCCUUUCCCUUCUCUGGCAACACAAUAUACCAAUCACUGAGCUGGAACUGCGAGAUCGGUUAACAGAUGCAUUGGAUGCUCGUCCGGAGGAUGUAGCUAGUAGUAAUGGCGAUGAAUAG